GAUGAACCCCUCAACUCUUAGGCUCUCUUCAGUUUAUUCUCUUUUUUUCUUUUUGUUCCUCAGACUAUAUAGCUUUAAUUGUCUUGUCCUCGAGAUUGCUGAUUAUGUCUUUGCUUUCUCAAAUUUGCCAUUGAACCCCCUACUGAACUUUUCAUUUAUUUAUUGGCUUUCUUAUUUCUAGAAUUUCUAUUUGAUUCCCUUUUAUAAUUUGUCUUUUUGUUGAUAGUCUUGUUUUGUUCAUACAUUGUUUUCCUGAUUUUCUUUAAUUCUUUGCAGAUGUUUUCCUUUAGUGAUAGGAGCUUAUUUAAGACAAUAGAUUUCAAGUUUACUGCAAAGUGGAAUACUGGGCUUCCUCAGGGAUGUUUUUGUUAAUGUAUUUUGACUCUUUUGAGUGGACCAUACUUUCUUAUUUCUUUAUACAUCUUGUGUUUUUUUAAAAAUUAUUGUUGUUUUUGAAAAGUAGAGAUUUGAAUAUUGGCAACUCGGGAAUACAGUAUUUCCCCUUUCCCCAGGUUUUGCUGUUUUUUGAAUAUUGAAGGCUGUAGUUGUUCAUUUGUCUAGUGAAUUUUCCCAGCCUUUUUUUGUAGAAAUUGUAUUUCUUGCUGUGUGUGAUACUGAAGUCUCCGUUCCUUAGCUUGUAUUUUGAUUAAGAUUUUCUGGAUUGCCAGGAGCUAAGCAAACAAACAAACAUACAGUCACUAUGUUUGUUUUACAAACAUACAAACAAUCUGGUUUUUGCCGAUUGACUUUUUGACUCCUUCGGCCCUUAGCCAGACUUGUGCUGAGUCCAGGGAUCAGCUUGAGAUGAAAGCUUAAAAUCUUUUCAGUCUUUCCUGAGCAUGCAUUUCACCCUGGGCUUUUUAAUUUACUUUAUAUACACAGGUGUUUGUUAUUACUCUAAUUUCCCAAAGAAACUCUCCCUUUUCCUGCCCAGAUCUCAGGUAGUCAAUUGUAUGUCUCAUUGCUAAUCCUUUGUCCAGGUGGCUGUGGGUGUUUGGGUCACCUUACGGGGUUUUAAGCAGUGCUUGCUGCUUUUCCACGUUGAGAAGAUUCCAAGUUAGGUGAAAUAGAGAGGAGUUCCUUGUGUCAGUCCUCCAGGUACCCCCAGGAUGUGGUAACUGGACGUAGUCCCCUGCUCUUCAGGAAGCUCAGUAAUCCUGACAUAUUUUCAUCCACUGGAAAAGCUAAACUUCAACGACAACUUAGUCAGGAUGACUGUAAGUUACGGAGAGGAAGCCUGGCCAGUUCUUUGUCAGGUAAGCAGCUGCUCCCCUUGUCCGGCAGUGCACACAGCAGCGUGGGACAGGUGACUUGGCAGUCUUCAGGAGAAGCGUCCAACCUGGUGCGGAUGAGGAAUCAGUCCCUCGGACAGUCUGCGCCUUCUCUUACCGCUGGCUUGAAGGAGCUGAGCCUUCCAAGAAGAGGCAGCUUCUGUCGGACAAGUAACCGCAAGAGUUUGAUUGUGACCUCUAGUACGUCACCGACACUACCACGGCCGCACUCACCACUGCAUGGCCACACAGGUAACAGUCCUUUGGAUAGUCCCCGGAAUUUCUCUCCAAAUGCACCUGCUCACUUUUCCUUUGUUCCUGCCCGUAGCCAUGGCCACAGAGCAGACAGGACUGAUGGACGGCGCUGGUCUUUGGCCUCAUUGCCUUCUUCAGGCUAUGGAACCAACACCCCUAGUUCUACCGUCUCAUCGUCGUGCUCCUCUCAGGAGAAGCUGCACCAGUUGCCUUUCCAGCCCACGGCCGAUGAGCUGCACUUCUUGACGAAGCAUUUCAGCACAGAGAGUGUGCCUGAUGAGGAGGGGCGGCAGUCCCCCGCCCUGCGGCCCCGCUCCCGCAGCCUCAGUCCUGGACGGUCACCAGUUUCCUUUGACAGUGAAAUAAUAAUGAUGAAUCAUGUAUACAAGGAAAGAUUCCCCAAGGCCACUGCACAAAUGGAAGAGCGUCUGGCCGAGUUCAUCUCCUCCAACACUCCAGACAACGUGUUGCCCUUGGCUGAUGGAACCUUGAGCUUUAUUCAUCAUCAGGUGAUAGAGAUGGCCCGAGACUGCCUGGACAAAUCCCGGAGUGGCCUCAUUACCUCACACUACUUCUACGAACUUCAAGAGAAUUUAGAGAAGCUUCUGCAAGAUGCUCAUGAGCGCUCAGAGAGUUCAGAAGUGGCUUUUGUGAUGCAGCUGGUGAAAAAGCUGAUGAUUGUCAUUGCCCGCCCUGCUCGUCUCCUGGAAUGCCUGGAGUUUGACCCUGAAGAGUUCUACCACCUGUUAGAAGCAGCUGAGGGCCACGCCAAAGAGGGACAAGGGAUUAAAUGUGACAUUCCCCGCUACAUCGUUAGCCAACUGGGCCUCACACGGGAUCCCCUAGAGGAAAUGGCCCAGUUGAGCAGCUAUGACAGUCCUGAUACUCCGGAGACAGAUGAUUCAGUCGAGGGCCGUGGGGCAUCUCUGACAUCGAAAAAGACACCCUCUGAGGAGGACUUCGAAACCAUUAAGCUCAUCAGCAAUGGCGCCUAUGGGGCCGUGUUCCUGGUGCGGCACAAGUCCACCCGGCAGCGCUUUGCCAUGAAGAAGAUCAACAAGCAGAACCUGAUCCUGCGGAACCAGAUCCAGCAGGCCUUCGUGGAGCGGGACAUCCUGACUUUUGCUGAGAACCCCUUUGUGGUCAGCAUGUUCUGCUCCUUUGAAACCAAGCGCCACCUGUGCAUGGUGAUGGAGUAUGUGGAAGGAGGAGACUGUGCCACGCUGCUGAAGAACAUCGGGGCCCUGCCUGUGGACAUGGUGCGCCUGUACUUUGCAGAAACCGUGCUAGCCCUGGAGUACUUACACAAUUACGGCAUCGUGCACCGCGACCUCAAGCCUGACAACCUGCUGAUUACAUCCAUGGGUCACAUCAAGCUCACUGAUUUUGGCCUUUCCAAAAUUGGCCUUAUGAGUCUGACCACAAACUUGUACGAGGGCCACAUUGAAAAGGAUGCACGGGAGUUCCUGGACAAGCAGGUAUGCGGGACCCCGGAGUACAUUGCACCUGAGGUGAUCCUGCGGCAGGGCUAUGGGAAGCCAGUGGACUGGUGGGCUAUGGGCAUCAUCCUGUACGAGUUCCUGGUGGGCUGCGUCCCUUUCUUUGGAGACACUCCAGAGGAGCUCUUUGGGCAAGUGAUCAGUGAUGAGAUUGUGUGGCCUGAGGGGGACGAUGCACUGCCGCCGGACGCCCAAGAUCUCACCUCAAAACUGCUCCACCAGAACCCACUGGAGAGACUGGGCACAGGCAGUGCCUAUGAGGUGAAGCAGCACCCAUUCUUCACUGGUCUGGACUGGACAGGACUUCUUCGCCAGAAGGCUGAAUUUAUUCCUCAGCUGGAGUCAGAGGAUGAUACCAGCUACUUUGACACCCGCUCAGAGCGAUACCACCACGUGGACUCGGAGGACGAGGAGGAAGUGAGUGAGGAUGGCUGCCUUGAGAUUCGCCAGUUCUCGUCCUGUUCUCCAAGGUUCAGCAAGGUGUACAGCAGCAUGGAGCGGCUCUCGCUGCUCGAGGAGCGCCGGACGCCACCUCCUACCAAGCGCAGCCUGAGUGAGGAGAAGGAGGACCGCACGGACGGCCUGGCGGGGCUGAGGGGCCGAGAGCGGAGCUGGGUGAUCGGCUCCCCUGAGAUAUUACGGAAGCGGCUGUCGGUGUCUGAGUCGUCCCACACGGAGAGCGAUUCCAGCCCUCCACUCACCGUGCGGCGCCACUGCUCAGGCCUCCUGGACAUGCCUCGCUUCCCGGAGAGCACUGAGGAGGCUGUUGGCGCUCCCAGGAGGCAGCAGCAGGAGGGUGCAUGGCUUCUGACCCCGUCUGGAGAGGGGGCGUCUGGGCCUGCCCUGGAACGGCAGGCCGAGCGGCGGCUGAAGCUGGAUGAGGAGCCUGCUGGCCAGAGCAGCGCCCCCAGCCCAGCCAUGGAGACCCGAGGAGGCCGCGGAACCCCACAGCUGGCGGAGGGAGCCACAGCCAAGGCCAUCAGCGACCUGGCGGUGCGCAGGGCCCGCCACCGGCUGCUCUCUGGGGACUCCAUAGAAAAGCGCACCGCUCGCCCCAUCAACAAAGUGAUCAAGUCCGCCUCAGCCACAGCCCUGUCCCUUCUCAUUCCUGCUGAGCACCACUCCUGCUCUCCACUGGCCAGCCCCAUGUCCCCACAUUCCCAGUCAUCCAACCCAUCAUCCAGGGACUCUUCUCCAAGCAGGGACUUCCUGCCAGCCCUCAGCAGCUCACGGCCCCCCAUUGUCAUCCACCGAGCCGGCAAGAAGUAUGGCUUCACCCUACGAGCCAUCCGUGUCUACAUGGGUGACUCAGAUGUCUACACCGUGCACCACAUGGUGUGGCACGUGGAGGACGGAGGUCCAGCCAGUGAGGCAGGGCUGCGUCAGGGGGACCUCAUCACGCACGUCAACGGGGAGCCUGUGCAUGGGCUGGUGCACACGGAGGUGGUGGAGCUGAUCCUGAAGAGUGGAAACAAGGUGUCUAUUUCAACAACUCCCCUGGAGAACACGUCCAUUAAGGUGGGGCCCGCUCGGAAAGGCAGCUACAAGGCCAAGAUGGCCCGAAGGAGCAAGCGGAGCCGGGGCAAGGAUGGGCAAGAAAGCAGAAAAAGGAGCUCCCUGUUCCGGAAGAUCACCAAGCAGGCAUCCCUGCUCCACACCAGCCGCAGCCUUUCUUCCCUUAACCGCUCCCUGUCGUCCGGCGAGAGUGGGCCAGGCUCGCCCACACACAGCCACAGCCUUUCUCCCCGCUCUCCCACGCAGGGCUACCGGGUGACCCCUGAAGCCGUGCACUCAGUGGGGGGGAAUUCAUCACAGAGCAGCUCCCCCAGCUCCAGCGUGCCCAGUUCUCCCGCCGGCUCUGGGCACACACGGCCGAGCUCCCUCCACGGUCUGGCGCCCAAGCUCCAACGCCAGUACCGCUCUCCACGGCGCAAGUCGGCAGGCAGCAUCCCACUGUCACCACUGGCCCACACCCCUUCACCACCGCCAGCGGCUUCGCCUCAGCGUUCCCCAUCACCUCUGUCUGGCCACGGGGCCCAGGCCUUCCCCACCAAGCUCCACUUGUCGCCUCCCCUAGGCCGGCAACUCUCACGGCCCAAGAGCGCAGAGCCGCCCCGCUCACCACUACUUAAGAGGGUGCAGUCAGCUGAAAAACUGGCGGCUGCACUGGCUGCUUCUGAGAAGAAGCUCGCCACUUCUCGAAAACAGAGCCUUGAUCUGCCCCACCCCGAGCUAAAGAAGGAAUUGACGCCCAGAGAAGUCAGCUCUCUGGAGGUAGUUGGGACCAGGAGUGUGCUGUCUGGAAAGGGGGCGCUGCCAGGGAAAGGGGUGUUGCAGGCUGCUCCCUCACGGGCCCUAGGGACCCUCCGCCAGGACAGGGCUGAACGGCGAGAGUCGCUGCAGAAGCAGGAAGCCAUCCGGGAGGUUGACUCUUCGGAAGAUGACACUGAUGAGGGGCCUGAGAACAGCCAAGGUGUUCAGGAGCCAAGCUUGGUACCCCACCGAGAAGGGGGCCAGGAUCCACCCCUCAGAGGAGCAGGAGCGGGUGAGGAAGAGGAUGCCUUCUUGCCCAGGGAUCUCAGGGGACAGGGCCCAGUGGUCCCAGGCCUACUGACAGGGAUCACACUGGGAUCUCCCAGAAUGGAAGGCCCUGGUGUCCCCCAGAAGAAGCUUGGGAUCCUACAGGCUUUUGAAGAGGGUUCCAGCUCCUCGUCCUCAGCCCCCAACCUGGGGAAGGCUGGCCCCACAGACCCCAUCCCCGCUGAAGGCUGCUGGAAGGCCCGGCAGCUCCACACCCAGGCACUGACAGCACUUUGUCCAAGCUCUUCAGGACUCAUCCCUGCCAGUUGCUCCAGUGCCUCCACCCCUGGAGAGCUGGGCCCAUGGUCCUGGAAAUUCCUCUUCAAGGGCCCUGACAGGGCAUACCCAACCGGAAAGGCAGCAAUGGAAGAUGGGCCAGCCAGGUCCCAAGAUUUGGAAACUACAACUCCAGGCCACCCUGCAAACCUGUCCCCCAGACAGGAGGGGAAGUCAUGGCCACCCAGUGCCCCUGGGCUGGCCCAUCCACCUUGUGAGGUUCCCAGCCAGAGCUGGCUAUGGGAGUCUGAGUGUGCACAGAGAGAGAAAGAGGAGCCAGCGCUGGGCAUCACCAAAGUGCCUGAUGCCUCAGGUGACAGGAGGCAGGACAUUCCAUGCAAGAGCUGCCCCUUCACCCCAGAGCCUGGGCCCAGCCUGCUCCAGAAGGGCCGAGACCCAGGGGGCCCUCAGGAGCAUCAGGACUUGGCAUUGUCACCUGAUGAGCUUUUGAAGCAAACAUAGAACUUGUUUGCCAUUUCUUGCACUCGGUCCUGUGUAAUAACACGCUCUUGGAAACUA